AUGCCUCCAAUCCGCUCCGCCCGCAAUCGCAAACCGCCACCGGCGGGCUUUGAUGAUCUCGAAGAUACUUUGUUGGAAUUCAGCAAUAAGAUGAAGGAUGCUGAGAAUGCGUCGCAUGAAGGAAAGAAGAAAUAUGAAGUUCUCUGGCCUAUAUUCCAGAUCAGUCACCAGCGCUCACGAUACAUUUACGACCUUUACUACGAAAAAGAAGCUAUCUCGAAGCAGUUGUAUGACUGGCUUCUGAAGAACGGGUAUGCAGAUGCCAACUUGAUCGCCAAAUGGAAGAAACAGGGCUAUGAGAAGCUCUGCUGCCUGCGCUGUGUCCAGACGAAAGAGACAAAUUUCAACUCCACUUGUAUCUGCCGUGUACCCAAGGCGCAGCUGAAGGAGGACCAGACGGUGCAGUGUGUCAGCUGUGGCUGCCGGGGAUGUGGAAGCAGUGACUAA